UAUACCAUCCGCCAAGGAACACGCGCAGCACAAAAGUUACCCCCAAAUGUUGACGAUGUCUGCCGACAGCAGUUUCUUCGACUCUCUCUGACAAUCUGUGACGAUGUCAUCCCAUAUCCGGAGUUUCUGGUCAAUAUUGACCAGACUAAUGUCAUUUACCAGCCCGCAAAGGGCUGUACAUAUGAGCGCAUUGGCUCAAAACAGGUGGCUAUAGUUGGCCAGGAGGAAAAACGUGCUUUCACGCUCCUUGUUGGGAUAUCUGCAGCUGGCGAUCUCCUCCCAUUUAAUAUCGUUCAUGACGGAAAAUCGAAAUGUUCGCUACCAUCCCCCAAUGUGCCAUGUUACAACGAAGCACUCGAGUUAAAAUUUCAGUUCGUGUUCUCAAACACGGACACAUACUGGGCCACCUUUGAGACCAUGUGUACAUAUGUCACUGGGAUUCUCGUACCAUUCUGGAUCGAGAAGAAACAGCAGCGAGGGGUUCCACUCAAUCAGCCAUGCAUUCUUCAGCUCGAUUGUUGGUCAGUUCAUCGCUCUGUUGCAUUCCGAACGUGGCUCGAUGUCAACUAUGAAUGGAUCCGUUACCGGUUUGUCCCUGCAGGCACAACU